AUGAAAGCCACCAAGCUUUCGAGCUCUCUCUCGCUCCUCCUCGGCGGCAUUCUGGCUGUGGCCGCUGCUUCGCCUGGCGCGAGCAGUGAUGAUUCUCUCAUUGUAAGGAGCUGUGCGGAUGCAGCAUCGCCUCAGCACCUCGUACAGCGACACAAGAGAUCAGCACAUCAUCCAUGGUCACAUCAGAAACGAACAGUCCCCCUCCCCGCUAAGCGAUCGUACGACACUCACCACUACUAUGUGGUGGAGGUGCACGCCCGUGCCGGUCAAGAGGUGGACCCCCGCGACGUCGCAGAGUCGCUAGGCGCCGAGUUUGUCGAAAGAGCAGGAGAACUCAAGAACCACUGGCUGAUACGGUCCGAAAAGCCUGUUGCGCAGCUGGAGGCAUUCCAAAAGCGUGAUGGCGCUACGUCCAUAUCGUCCUCAUCUGGGGCUCGCCCUGAUGUUCCAGAACAGCAAGAUCCAGUCUUGCAACGAUGGGCUCACAUCCGCCACUCGGCCCGCGAACCCGGCUUCACCACGCAGCACAAUCUGUCUAAGCGUCAGCAUUCCGCUGCUCUCUCAAUAAAGGCCGUCGAGCGUCAAGAGCUCAGGCGGCGGCACAAGCGCGAUAUCAUCUACGAUCCCGCAGAGAUGCCGCACCUGUACCCUGAACUUCGGAACCCAGUAGCAAGUCCAGAUGAUUGGCCGUUUCAUGUGAGGUCGGCCGACCCUUCACCACGACCCGCCGUCAUCCCAGCCGGCAAGACGUCCAAACUCAUGUCUCAAUUCGGCAUCAAAGACCCCAUCUUUGUCAAUCAAUGGCAUCUGGCAAACGACCGCAAACCCGGUAACGACCUCAAUGUCAGCGCCGUUUGGGACCAGAAUAUCUUCGGUGACGGUAUCAAAGUCUGCCUCAUCGACGAUGGUCUCGACAUGCACAGCCCCGACCUCAAGGACAACUUUUACGCGCCAGGCAGCUACGACUUCAAUUCCCACACGGACCUUCCCGAACCACGCGAGACAGACGACCAGCAUGGCACGCGAUGUGCUGGUGAGAUUGCCGCUGUCAAGAACGACGUCUGUGGUGUAGGUGUCGCCUACAAGGCCAAGGUCUCUGGGGUCCGCAUCCUCUCCGGUCCCAUCUCGGACGUGGACGAAGCCGCGGCGCUCAAUUUCGGUUACCAGGAGAACGACAUCUACAGCUGCAGUUGGGGUCCACCCGAUGACGGCAAAAGCAUGGACGCGCCCAAAGGUCUCAUCGCAAAGGCUAUGCUCAACGGAAUCCAGAAUGGCCGCGAUGGCAAAGGCAGCGUAUUCGUCUUUGCCGGCGGCAACGGAGGUGCUUCGGACGAUCAGUGCAACUUUGAUGGUUACACCAACUCAAUCUACUCGAUGACCAUCGCAGCUGUCGAUCGCGAAGGGCAGCACCCUUGGUACUCCGAGAUGUGCUCUGCCAUCAUCGCCACCAGCUGGAGUUCGGGCAGUGGGGACCACAUCCACACCACCGACGUUGCCUGGAACGGAGUCAACCGAUGCACGAGCUCGCAUGGUGGCACGAGUGCUGCCGCUCCCCUCGCCGCCGGUGUGAUUGCGCUGGGUCUCAGUGUGCGACCUGACUUGACUUGGCGUGACGUGCAGCACAUUGCUGUGCGCAGCGCUGUCAAAUUCAAUGCGGAGGACCCAGACUGGCAGCAAACACAAGCAGGUCGUCACUUCAACCACAAGUACGGCUACGGUCUCAUCGACGCCUACCAGUUCGUCGAGGAGGCGAAGCGUCAUCAAUUGGUCAACCCGCAGGCUUGGUACGAGUCGCCCAACAUUACGAUCCCAGCAACAGAGACGCUCAUCUCCGAGUCUGGCACCGAGUCGACCUUCAUCAUCACAGAGGAGCACCUCAAGCAAGCGAAUUUGGCCUCGGUGGAGCAUGUGACGGUUCGGGUCUGGAUCACGCAUCAGCGUCGUGGCGAUGUCAACAUCGAGUUCACUUCGCCUCAUGGCACCAAGUCGGCGUUGGCACGGUCCAGACGGUACGACGAUGCUAAAACGGGCUUCCCUGGCUGGUCGUUCAUGACUCUCAAGCACUGGGACGAGUCGCCGGUCGGCGAGUGGAAGCUGCGUGUCUUUGACCCGGCACAUCCCAACCAGGUGGGCAACAUCUACGCAUGGAGCAUGUCGCUGUGGGGCGCGUCUAUCGAUCCGUCCAAAGCGGUGCCUUGGGAUUUCCCUGAAAAUUCGGUCGAGGCUCAUGAGAAGCUGCCCAGUGCGCCCGAGACGACGAUCAUCAAGCUCCCGCCCAGUGCCACCUCUACCGCUCAAUUGAAGAAGCCGACCGACCACCUACCUGCCGACCACGGAAACGCCGAAGGAGAGUCGCACAUUGAUUUCACCAACCACGACGCCAGCCCUCCUGUCACGGUACAGCCCGAAGCCGACACGGGCUACAUCUCUGGCCUGAAGAAGAACAGUACUUGGGUGAUGGUUGCCGGUGGAUUGGUGGUCAUCUUUGCCGGAUCGCUUGCGGCCUUCUUCGUGAUGCGCAAACGAAAGAUGGGGCGUGGUUCGGGCGGUGGAGGUGGUCGUGGCGACGGAGGUGCAUACGAAUCGCUGGCCGACGAUGAAGAAGUGGCCAUGGGCCUGCUCAGCCAAGGCGCACGCGGAUCUUCGCGUCGUGGACCCAAUCAAAAGUCGCGCCGAACGAAAGAGCUCUACGACGCCUUUGCCGAGGGCUCGGACGCCGAGGACGACGACGAUCUCGAAGGCACCGUUGGUGCGCACAGCAAAGAUCAGAGAGGUCUGCUGGGCCGGGGACGCGGACUGGGCGAUGAACCGUACCGCGACCACCUCGAUGCUGACGACGCCGAUGGCGAUCAGCGGUUUGCACUGCACGACGACGAGGAUGAGGACGAUGGCGAGACUUCACCUCCUCCCGCCUUGGCUGGGAAGACAACGCCGGCGACAGGAGCCAUUGUCGACAUUGACGACGAGGACGAUCGUGGGUCGGGUGGACCCGGCACUGGCUCUGGAACGGGUUCGGCGGGCGACGGUAGCUGGCAAGACGCCGCUGAGGGUCGUGAUCUGAUCGCUGGACUUGGUCAACAGAAGUAG